GACGGCAAUCAAUCAAUCUGUUUAAGAAGAUAGAAGGGCUGCUGCUGGCCUGGGAGCUCAGCACGUCGGACUGACUAGGAGAGAGAGCGGGCUUGGGUGAUUUAGCCGUCGGGGAAGGCCCGUAGACCAGAGGAGGCGCGUCCUGGGACACCCGGAAGAAGCGGCUGAGCCACCAUUUCUCUUUCUCUUUUGGGGCGUGUUGGUUGCUGCCAGCAGCGCCCAGGCGAAGGGCUCAGAGGCAGGGAAGGGGCGGCGGGGAGCCCUCAGGCGCAGACUGUGCGGCCAUGCGGGGAGGCGGCGGCGGCGGGAGGCGACUGCAAGUGCCGCUGCUGCUUUCCGUCCUAAUGGUUUGCCUCCGUUGUCAGAAGAUAGUGCAAUCCAUUGAAGGAGAAGAUGUCAUUCUGUCCCCAAUAGUUAACGGCAGUCUAACUGAAAUUAUCUGGAAGAAAAAUGAUAAUAAGGUGGCUGAAUCAUGGCAAGAUGCACCCUUUUUCUUUUCGGAUUUGAAGGGCAGAGCAACGCUUAACCUCACUUCUGGCAAUCUGAUUAUCAAAAAAGUAUUGCAGAAAGAUCAUGGAAUAUACAAGGCGGAAGCCCUGGUUGGAGCAAAAUAUCAGCCCACAAUUGUGUCUCUGGAAGUAUUUGCACAUCUAGAAGAACCUGAGCUGAAUUGUAGCAUUAAGGAUGGUAAUAAUGUUAUCUGGGUUAAUUGUAUGCCAGUAAAACAGUAUCCUAUGCCACUGUCAUAUCAUUGGCAAUAUGACAGCACAGAGAAAAAUACCCUUCAUGGACAGUCUCUUGAACUUCAGACGGGCACAAACCUUCCUGAGAAUGUCACGUGCAUAAUUGUCAUCUCCAAGUCAACUGCAAACAAGUCUAUCAGUAUAAAGGGAUGUGGCCAAGGAGACUGUUGUUUUCAAGAGAGAAGAACGCAUACAGUCACUAUAGUGCUGCUGGUGGUGGUGGCAGUGCUAAUCAUUUUCGCAGUACUUGUUCUGUGGAAAAGAGGUUGUUUGAAAAACACCAGGAAACAGGAUCCAGAUGUAACUGAAACCCAGCCGCUUAAUUUAUGUGCAGAAGAUAACAAAGCAGGUGAGGAUCCUAGGACACCUCCAAAUCAAGAAAGAGAGCCAGUUAGUGAGCCUAAAUUAAGUUCACCAGAGAACUUGCCAGAAAAUAGAGAGGACGUGUCGGAGAGUACUGGGGCACCUCCAGCAGAAGAAGAAGUAAAGCUUUUUAAUAAAGAAAGUCCUGAAUCAGGCUUGACAGAUAACUUAGAAGAAAACAUUAGAGGUGUGGACGGAACGCGUUUGGCAGCUGCUGUUCAGGAUACCAGCGGGAACACUGCCAGUACAGCGGCUUUCAGUGCCAGCAGUUCCACUGGCAUAUUUGAGGGUCCAGAAGAAGGAGAACUUUCUAGUGGGCCAAGACCCAAAUUAGACUCGAAGGACUUGGAAGAAAAGAGGAAAGAAGGCAUAUCUGAGAGUCCAGAUGAAGGAGAACUUUCUACUGGGCGAAGACCCAAAUUAGACUCAGAGGACUUGGAAGAAAAGUGGAGAAAAGGCAUGUCUGAGGGUCCUGGGGCACCUCCAACAGAAAAAGAGAUAGAGUCUUUAACAAAGGAAAGGCCUGAAUCAGACACAUCUGAAGAUCCAUCUAAUGGGCCAAGAAAUGAAUUAGACUCAUCUGAGAAAUUUGUAGAAAGCAACAGUGAAGCUCCUACACGUGAAGGCUGAAAGAAGCCCAUGUCCGAACAAAGGAAAGAAUUCCAUUACUGGGAGAGCAGUAAUGUGGAACUCUACAGCACAGCACGUCCUUCGUGCUCCUGCUCUCUGCUUUUGUGUGUGGGUGAAUUCUUCAAGGAAGGAUGGAGAUGAUCUUGCCUUAUUGAGUGGAUUGUGCCUACAAUCUUUUGUAUGGAUUGACCCAGCGUUGCCCAUGUUCUCCUCCUCAAAUACAAGUAUUCACUUUUUGCACUGA